AUGCUAUCUGAAAUCAAGGAAGCCGGCCUUGGAUUUGAAUACUUCUUAAAAACUCCCUGUGAAGACUGGGAUGCAGUGCAGUAUCAUAAGUCCUGGAAAGAUAGUAAUUUGGGUUUGGAUAAGGCGAGCGUAAUAAGAAGAUUUAACACACAGUUGCGGAAGAUAAUUGCACAAGGCACGGAAGAGGAAAAAAAGAAUGCAAUUCGUGUUGAAAAACAAUUUCAGCUACCCAUGGAACUUCGUCUUCGCAUGGUUAUGGACUUCGCCUCCGCUACUACAGCUACCCAUGGAACUUCGUCUUCGCAUGGUUAUGGACUUCGCCUCCGCUGUUGGCUACAGCUACCCAUGGAACUUCGUCUUCGCAUGGUUAUGGACUUCGCCUCCGCUUUGGAGUCUAAAAGGGGGGGGCGUAUCGAUAACUUUUGGUUGAAAUCUUUACAUGGGCUGAAGUGCAAUCAUACGGAAAAUGACAAGAUAAAUGCCGAAAACGUAUUUGUAUCUUGCGAUUUAGAUGGAAUACAAUUCGGUGGAUCUUAUAAUGAAAUGCAAUUCGCUGGUACCGGAAAUAAUUUUCAAGGGCAUAAACGGCCGUAUGAAAAUCGUGAACAAACGAGUGUUGAAGAAAUCAAAAGAAAUAAUGAUAAAGCCCUGAAACGUACCAAAAUCGAGCAUUACUUCCAUAACCGUAACGACACUUCAUCUUCACGCGAAACUCAACACGAGCAACAAUCAUUUGGUAAUAUGGACAAUGAAGAAGAACUGCCCGCCAUCACUCUAAUAAAACCACCAGGCGAUAUUCAAAAUGGAUAUACAACACCGUCACCAUGUAGUCCAAAAUCAAAAAAUACGGCAAUAGAACUUCCAAUGUUAGACCUUCAAAGUAAAAUACUUGUCGAUAUUGAUAAUAAUCCGUUCCUGGAGGAAAGCGAUGUCAUUUUAUCAAUUGACGAUAUCCCAGGUGAUCUGACCUUUGAAGAUGGAAAUUCAGCCGAUGAUUUUCUUAUAAGAGAAAUUAAUGUGUCCUCGCUAUUCCGAAAUUAUCAAAAUCAGUCGCUGAAGCUUGCAAGGGAUAAGGGUUUGCUUGUUGAAUGA